UGUAGGACCCCGAGAUUCCUCCUGUAUGUUUGGUCAAAUAUUAGUUGGUUACAAAACCAGCCGGUUAGGAGGGAGUAUAUUCUUCAAACUCCACCGACAGAGUGUCCAGAGUGUGAAACUGUAUCAGAAAACAUGGACAGGACGGUCAGCCUCCCCAACCAGCCCGACAGGACCACCACAGUGACUCUGGUGGAGAGCAGCAGCACCCCCAGCGGCCUGGAGCUGGUCAGCUCCUACCAGACCCACAGAGUAGGAGACCCCAUGGACCUGGUGUCCCUGGCAGCACACGUUCAGAAGGGGGAUGAAUUUAUUAAAGCCAAUGCUUGCAACAAACUGACAGUGAUUGCUGAUCAGAUCAGAUACCUUCAGGAGCAGGCAAGAAAGGUUUUGGAAGAUGCCAAAAGAGACGCAGACCUUAACCACGCUGCCUGUAACAUCGUGAAGAAGCCAGGCAACAUGUAUUACCUCUACGAACGACCAUCUGGACAGAAGUACUUCUCUAUCAUCUCUCCGAAGGAAUGGGGUUCCAGCUGUCCUCAUCAGUUCGUUGGUGCAUUCAAACUUCAACACGACAUGUCCUGGACUCCCAUAAACCAAGUGGAGAAGAGGGACGCAGAGAUCGCCAUCAUGGACAAACUCCUCAGCCAGCAGACGGCUUUACCUCCGUACACAGAACCCAACUUCAAAAAUAUCGCUGAUUAAAGGACUACUGGACUGGACUGAAUGAAGGACUCUACUUCUUCUUUAAGGACAUGUGGAUGCUCACUGUAGUCUUAACGUACAUCAAUAUGAACUGACAGACAUCCAUGAGUGCAUGGGAACUUCUGUUAUAUAAGCAUCUGUUCAGUGUGUUGGUGACUUGCAGCCUCUGCUCUCAGUGCCAUAAUGCAUCAGUCAAAGUGUUUGUUUGAUGUUAGAUGUACAUUGCAACCUUUGGGUGAUUGUCUUAAUUUAAAAACAUCAAAUGUUGCUCCUCUGAGAAGUCUGUAAGAAGACAUUUACCAAUAAAGUUUUUAAAUUUGGGA